GUUUGGGUGGUUGUCGGGCUGUUCACCGGUGCAGGGUGUCGGCGUCGCUUGGUGGGCACCGAGGUGACGGAGCGAAAAGCGGGAGGAGAGAAGUUGGGCCCGCUGCCCAGAGGCGGCUGUGAGGCCCCCUGCGCACGUAGUUGACGGCGGUGCCCUAGUUCCCGCCCCGCUCGCCGCCUCUCCCGGCUCGGUUCUUCCCACCGGCCGGUGACCGAGGUGGCCCUGAUGAGGCCGGCUCAGGGUCCCAUGGCAGUGGCAGAAAUGCUUAUGGACCCUGUACAGUUUUGGCAGGACCGUGUGGUCUUUGAGGACGUGGCUGUGUAUUUCUCCCAGGAGGAGUGGGGCCUCCUUGAUGAAGCUCAGAGACACCUGUACCAUGCUGUGAUGACGGAGAACUUUGCACUUGUGACCUCCCUAGGUUGUUGGCAUGGAGCCCAGGAUGAGGAGGCACCUUCUGAGCAAAGUGUUUCUGUAGGGAUGUCAGAGGUUGGGACUCCAAAGCCAGAUCCAUCCACCAAGAAGGGCCAGCCCUAUGAGAUGUGUGACCCACUGUCCAAAGACCUUUUGCACCUACCUGAGCAUGACGGAAUGUACCCUGAUGAAGGGCUAUAUAUUUGUGGGGCAAACCUUUUCCAGCAGCAGAAGGAGCAGAUUAGAGACAAACUUUCCAGAAGGGAUGAGGGGCAGCCUUCAUUUCUUACCAACAGCAGCAUUCACUCGGCAGAGAGGACCUUGACAUGCAGCAGAGACGGAAAGGACUUCCCAGGCAGCACAGGCCUUCUGCAGCAGCCGGCCCCUCACAGUGCGGGGAAGCCACACAGGGACACUGAGUGUGGGGAAGCUUUUGAUAGUGGGCAGAGUGAUUACAGGUGCACUCAGUGUGGGAAAGCCUUCCGUCAAAAACAGAUCCUUGUUGAGCACCAGAAAAUUCACACUGGUGUAAGGCCUUAUGAGUGCAGCAAAUGUGGGAUGGCCUUCAUUAGAAAGUUUCACCUUGUUCAGCACCAGAGAAUCCAUACUGGAGAAAGGCCUUUUCAGUGCAGUGAAUGUGGGAAAUGCUUUAGGUACAACUCCACACUCGCUAGUCAUCAGAGAGUUCACACUGGAUUGAGCCCUUAUGAAUGCAGCAAAUGUGGGGAAUUCUUCAAGUACAAUGCCAACUUCAUGAAACAUCAGAGAAAACACAAUGGAGAAAGGCCUUAUGAGUGCAGAGAAUGUGGAAAAUUCUUUAGGUACAACUAUAGACUGAUAAGACAUGGGAGAGUUCACAGUGGAGAACGACCUUAUAAGUGCAGCGAAUGUGGGAAAUUUUUCAGGUACAGCUCCACAUUCAUUAGACAUCAGAGAGUUCAUACUUCAGAAAGGCCUUAUAAGUGUAAUGAAUGUGGGAAAUUUUUUAGGUAUAAUUCCACACUCAUUAAACACCAGAGAGUUCACACUGGAGAAAGGCCUUAUGAGUGCACUGAGUGUGGGAAAUUCUUUAGGUACACAUCCACCCUCAUUAGACAUCAAAGAGUUCAUACUGUAGAAAGGCCUUAUGAGUGCAGCUUGUGUGGGGAAUACUUUAAGUCCAAGUCCAAACUCAUUAAACAUUGGCAAAAUCACACUGGAGAAAGGCCUUACGAGUGCAGUGAAUGUGGGAAGGCGUUUAGGUACCACUGCAGACUCACUAGACAUAAGAGAGUUCACAGUGGAGAGAGGCCUUUCGAGUGCAGCGAAUGUGGGAAAUUCUUUCGGUACAACUCCAACCUCAUUAAACAUUGGAGAAAUCACACAGGAGAGAGGCCUUAUGAGUGCAGAGAGUGUGGGAAAGCCUUUAGCCACAAGCAUAUACUUGUUGAGCAUCAGAAAAUCCAUACCGGAGAAAGGCCUUAUGAGUGCAGUAGAUGUCAGAAAGCCUUCAUUAGGAAGUCCCACCUUGUUCAUCACCAGAAAAUCCACAGAAGACAAUAUGAGUGCUGUGAAUGUGGGGAAUUCUUUAGAUACAACUCCAACCUCAUGAAGCAGAGAAUUCACAGUGGUAAAGGACUUAUGAAAGGGCCUACUGUAUAGCACAGGGAACUAUAUUCAGUAUCUUGUAAUAACUUAUAAUGGAAAAGAAUCUGGAAAAGAAUUUAUAU